UUUUUUAAAAAAAAAAAAUAAAAAUUUUCUUCUUUACAAUAAAUAAAAAAAAAAAUAAUAAUAUAUUUAACAAAAAUGAAGGGUGGUAAUCGUAGAACUCAAAUUUUAAAUUCAAAACUUAAACCUGAUAAUCGAAUAAAAGCUCUCAUACCUAUUGAAACUCAAAUAGAACGACUAUUUGAAAAUGAAAUGGUACAUGCCGUAUCCGUAGACUACGAAUAUUCUCCUUAUAUUAAUAAGACAGUAUUGGAAAAUGUUCAAUGUAGUAACGGUUUUAUAGCGACAGUAUUAGAAGCUUAUAAUAGGCAUCAACAUUUACGUAUAACACCCGAUGAUGUUUGGUUAACGAUAGCUCAAGGAGUUUCUCGGCAUAUAAAUUUAAAUGAAGAAAAAUAUACCCAUCUCUUCGCUCAAAAUAAACGACGACGAAGUCAAAUUUCAAUCAAUGCUAGUGGAAUAUUUGAUAAAGAACGUUGGUCAAAAAGAAUUGUUGGUAAUUGGCCAGAAUGUGUACGAAUAUUAACUGAAGUAGCUGAUAAACAAAUGGAAAAAAUUGAUUUGAUGAAAUUAUUAGAAUGUGAUUACUCUACAAGUACGACUACAUCAAUAACUGCAAGUCGAAUCGUUUUAUUAAAUCCUCUUCGAGAAAAUUCUCAAACGAAUAUUGAUUGGACUUGUGGUAUACCAAAAAUUACUUUAGAAGGAAAAUUAGAAGAUUGGGAACGUAUUCAAAAUAAGAUUAAAACUCUAAGAAAAUUAUCCUUAGAUUUAGAUUUUUGGCUGGAUCGUUUAGAACCAAUCAUUUGGCAAUUGGUGAAUACUUAUCGUGGAGAUAUAAACGAAAGAUUUUGGAAGAGGAUAGCACAUGAAUUUAGUGGUACUUGUUGCGUACCACAGACAACCUCAACUUUAAGCGGAUGGAUAACAGCUUUCUUACCAUAUGAUCGCCAUGACAAACAGAUAGUGGGUAGUUUAAUAAAUGAAUGUGAUUUACCUGAUGGAAAAAUAAUCAUCCCCUUUAAUGUAAAAGGAGGACCUUCUUUAAAAUUAGUAUCAGGGUUCUUAGGAGUAAGGCAAGAUGUGGAAGAAAAUGGUGAAUCAGUGGUAUCACCAGUUAUUGGAUGGGCGGUUGUUGAAGAUAGUAAGACAAAAUCAUUUUGCUCAAAAGCAUUUGUGAGAAGUUGGUUUAUGUAAAACAUUACUAAAAUAUAAUAUAAUUUAUAUUGUGUAAAUUUAAAAAAAAAAUAUUUAGUUUACUCAGCCUUCAGGCAUAAUCUCUCCGGUAGAACAAAAAGAUAUGAUUUAAUAUUGUUCAAUCAUAAGAUCACCAUUUUAUUGCAUAAUUUAUGAUUAAAUUAAGAUUUUAUUGUAAUAAUAGAUGAUGAAAUCUAUUUCUCAUCGAAUUUUUUUAAAUCUUUAACUAAAAAUAUUGACAAAUAUUCCGUUUCAUAUGAAAAUUAAUAUAAUCAAAAAACAAUAUACGAGACAUUUAUAUUAUCAUUAUAGUUUUAACGAAAAAAAUUUUCUUUUUUUGUAAAUAAAAUUUCAAUCAUUU